GAUAAAGAUUGAGGAGGAGUAUGCUAAGAACCUGUCCAAACUGUCUCAGAAUUCCUUGGCUGCUCAGGAAGAAGGUACACUAGGGGAGGCUUGGGCUCAGCUAAAGAAGAGUCUAGCUGAUGAAGCAGAGGUUCAUCUCAAAUUUUCUUCUAAGCUUCAGAGCGAGGUAGAGAAACCCCUGCUCAACUUCAGAGAGAACUUUAAGAAAGACAUGAAGAAGUGUGACCACCAUAUUGCAGACUUACGGAAGCAUCUGGCCAGCCGCUAUGCAGCAGUUGAAAAGGCCCGGAAAGCCUUGACAGAGAGACAGAAGGAUCUGGAAAUGAAAACACAGCAGCUAGAGGUGAAGCUUAGCAACAAGACAGAAGAGGAAAUUAAGAAGGCGAGACGGAAGUCCACUCAGGCGGGAGAUGACCUGAUGCGCUGCGUGGAUCUUUACAAUCAAGCCCAGUCCAAGUGGUUUGAGGAAAUGGUGACCACCACUCUAGAGCUUGAGAGACUAGAAGUUGAAAGGGUGGAGAUGAUUCGGCAGCAUCUUUGCCAGUAUACACAGCUGCGGCAUGAGACAGAUAUGUUCAACCAAAGUACAGUAGAACUCGUGGAUCAAUUGCUUCGGAAAGUGGAUCCUGCCAAAGACAGGGAACUGUGGGUAAAAGAACACAAAACUGGAGAUAUCCGACCUGUGGACAUGGAAAUAUAAACUGAUCUAUAGCUGUAUGUGAUGAGUCCACUGAAUUAACCAGGCUAAUGUUUGUUUUUUAAGGGUCAGAAGAGCAUAGGGAAAAGAUUGUUCCGCUACAAGACACCUUGUAAUUUAUGCCUGUAUGGGCUAUCUCUGUUACAUUUAGUUGUUAAAAUGGUCCUCAUUGUGCUAAGCCUUAAGCACCAGACAUUCCAGGGUGAAGAAACCAGAUGUGUGCGUCCCACCAGAGGUUCCCAAUUACAUGCAGCUUCCAGAAGAAAUCUGCUUUCUUGUACAGAGAGCGGUCUGUUCUUCAGUGACUUUGUGCUACAUCCCUUGCAUGACUAUCUUUAUACAGUAUGUUAGAACAACCAUGCAGUGAGCUUCUGGCCAGGAAGUAGAUAACUUUGAACAUGAAGCAGGAGGCAAGGAAGUCCUGAUCGUGAAUUGCAGUUCUGUCACUGACUGCUUUCAUGGCCAUAAGCAAGUCAAUUAACUUUUCUGGCUCCCCCAUCUAUAAAACACGCAUAUCUCACAGCAAUGCUGUGCAAAUACGUUUAUUUCAUAUAACACAGUUUCCCACCAUGGCAGUGAAGUGAUGGCCCUUCUCCCAAAAUCUAUGGAGAAGACUCCUGUUCUUCCUGUUUUAUACUCCCUCUCAGGGAUACAUAAACCCAUCAUCAUCAUGAUUUCUGUUCUAGGCCAAUCAAUAAGGUUGAAAGUGUUACCAUCACCAUUAUUUAUCAGGAAAGACUUGGUUGUGCUAUACCUACCUCAUUAGCUGUCUGAGUGCCCUCAAUGACAGAAAGAGGUUAUAUACCAAGGAAUAAAAGAGAUGUUCAAAACCU